ACAAAAACACAACGGAACUUAUUAAUUUUGCCAAGUACUGAAACCAAGACACCUUUGAGAGCCCACAGGGGCUCUGUUUUGGGGAGCUCAAUCCCUGCUCUAGCCUCCAACGGACUCCUUCUGUGGUCCUCUCUCUCUCCCUCCUGUCGCUGACGAGAUCCAGCAGAAACUGAAAGAAAUUCCCAGCUGAUAUGUCAAGCUCCUGCCGUUAUUAACGUUGUUUCUCUAGUAUCAAACUUUUCCAGAUGCAUGGUAUCGUAUCUGUUACGGUUUAUUAUUGAAUUGUUAGGAAAAGGAACCGAGGUCAAUAGCGACAAAGAAAACUCUCAAUCUAGAUCAUCUGUAGUGGGAUUCUGAUUCGUAGCUUUGGUUUGAUAUUUGGAGCUAGAAUUUGGUAUGGCUGUUGCCAAGAGCAACAGCAGCCGUGACUUGUUAAAGCAACCAUGCAAUUGUUACACAGUUUCAAGCUUAACUCAUACCAUUUUGGAUACAAAUCAGACUUCAAAUUUGAAGGAUAGGUAUGUUCUCGGAGAGCAGCUGGGUUGGGGACAAUUUGGUGUUAUUAGAGUGUGCACUGAUAAGAUGACUGGAGAGCUAUUGGCGUGCAAAUCAAUCGCCAAGGAUAGAUUAGUGACCUCAGAUGAUGCAAGAAGUGUCAGACUUGAGAUUGAGAUAAUGACUAGGUUAUCUGGUCAUCCAAAUGUUGUGGAUCUCAAGGCAGUUUAUGAGGAUGAGGAUUAUGUUCAUUUGGUAAUGGAGCUUUGCGCUGGAGGGGAGCUUUUUCACCAGUUGGAAAAGCAUGGACGAUUCUCUGAGAUGGAGGCUAGGGUUCUCUUCAGGGAUUUGAUGCAAGUGGUGUUAUAUUGUCAUGAAAUCGGGGUGGUUCACAGGGAUUUGAAGCCGGAGAAUAUCCUCUUGGCUACAAAAGCCUCUUCUUCACCUAUUAAACUGGCAGAUUUUGGGCUUGCAACCUACAUCAACCCUGGUCAGAAUUUGUAUGGAACUGUCGGGAGUCCAUUUUAUAUAGCUCCAGAGGUAUUGGCAGGAGGCUAUAAUCAGGCUGCUGAUGUCUGGAGUGCAGGGGUGAUUCUUUACAUUCUUCUUAGUGGGAUGCCGCCAUUUUGGGGUAAGACGAAGUCACGAAUAUUUGAUGCUGUAAGGGCUGCUGAUCUGCGGUUCCCAUCUAAUCCUUGGGAUUCAGUAACUGAAUCUGCUAAGGAGUUAGUCAGGGGGAUGCUUUGUACAGAUCCUUCACAAAGGCUUACUGCUCAACAGGUUUUAGAUCAUUCCUGGAUGAAGGAUGAUAUAUGUGCCGAAGAACCUAGUCGAUGUGAAAAGCAAAGUUGUGAGGAAUGGGAUUUAGGUGGUGGCUCUUUCUCUGCAUUGAUGACCAGGAGUCAGGACGUCAGCUUUGGAACUGUGUCACCUGUUGUUUGUGAUAUUGAAUCACCAACUUUCAGAUGCAGAUCGUCAUUCUCUUCUUUUCUCGUGGAACCUUCCUCACCUUGCUCUGUAUCUGAUCAGUUUUCUUUCUGUAGUGGUGGCAAUUCUAAUGUCUUGGAAUUUUCUUCCCCUGUUUACUCAAUGCCAAGCUUUGCGUUCUUCAGCCAUGGUCCUGUAACAGAGGAAGGGUGUUCUGCAUUGGAUCUUGCAAACAACAUUUCCAGUUCGAAUGCAAGUCAUGGAGAGGUCAGCUUGGAGAAGAUGUUCAUAUUGUCUGAUUCUUCUCUACUCUGUGGACAUGAAGCUAGAGAAAUGGAUCACAAGCCAGGUGAUGUUAAGAGGUCAGGAGGAGCCAUUGGGUCUAGGAUGGCCAUGCACAGUAAGAGGAACCGUACAAUUGGUCUGGGUGAGCGUGAGCAACUCGAUUUCAUGGUGACUGAAUCAGUUAUCAGAUGGGCAUCAUGCACUCAUCUUCCAACUGCUCCAUCUCUUAGGUCUUCUCUUGUCUGUUGAAACUUGAAAAAGAGGGCUGGCUGACAAGCUGGAACUAAAGAAUGAAACUGGAGGCUCUGAUGGAUGAUGAUUGAGAGAUGGAGAAAAUGGCAUGGCCACACUCUUUUCUACUGACCAAUGUAAUUGUGAUAUGUUUGUUUGUCCUUUUUCUGCUGAAUCAUGGUGAGUAAGUGUUAGGCAAGCUUCAAAUGGUGGUGUGAUUUGAGUGAUGUCUGUUUGUUAUCUUCAGUUUGUGCAUUACUAGGUUGCAAGAGCAACAAUCUGCAAGUAAUGGGCUUCUGCCUUGUAUAAAGCUGAAUUUUGUAGUAUGAAGUUUUCCAAGUUCCAUUACUAUGUGUUCCAUGAAUGCAAGAAAUUGGUGAUUGGUUC